AUGUCAGGCUGGACUUGGUCGCCCAAGCAGGCAAUGCUACAAAUGAAUCAAUCUAACUGGAAUUACCAACCGCGGCCUGAUAUUCCGCCUCAGGGUCUAUCCAGUAUGCCUACUCCCAAUCUACCCGGUCCUCCUCUCCCCUUUUCAGCUCCAGCUCCAGCUCCAACUCCAGCUACUCCUAGCUAUGCUACUAGCUAUGGGAACUCUAUUCAGCCGCCACCCGUGUAUAAUAACCCGGCACCUCCUGUUCCUGGCAGUGGCCGUCCUCCCGUCUAUUACAACCCAGCACCACCCUUCGUACCACACUCACCCAGACACCUAACAUCAGGCGGACCUCCCCCUCCUCCAACAACCUCUGCUGCUAUGCCAUCCCCUGCGCAUGCUCCCGUUCAGGCCCCUGCGCCACCUACAAAAACUACCAAUUCUAGAAAGCGCAAAUCUGAUGUUUCUCCUGACAAUACUAAAGAGGACCUCUUCCCAUCCGAUGUGUCGGAAAUCGACAGUGAGGAUGAGCGUCUCGAAAGUCUAGGAUCAGACACUUGCAAUUCCAUUCGCCGCAAGAUUCGCACCUGGAUUGAGUCAGGUGCCCAAAAAGUCGGCGAGUUCCAGAAGACCAUUGGUGUCAGCAGCAGGUCUUACAACAGCUUCAUGAACCGAACUGGCACUUGGGAUGGUGAACAAACUGACACUUUCGUCAAAGCUCACCACUUCUUCAAGAGGCGUGAACUUCAAGGUCUGCCCCUCAAGGCCAACAAACCGAAGAAGCCGAAAACUGCUGCUGAUUCGAAGGCCAUUGACAAAAUUCUCGAUGUGAGCAAUGUUGAUCCUCUACCUGGUGAGGCCCAGGGCAGAGUUGCCGUUUACGACACUUGCAAUGAGAUUCGCAAGAAAAUCCGCGCUCUUUUGGCCAAAGAGGGUAUGACGCAAGCGGCUUUCAUCCGAGCCCUUAACAAAAACCUCCCAGAAGGCGAGAGUGUAUCCCCGGCCAACAUGCGAUACUUUAUGGGCUGUAAAGAUGUUCGUGGUGGUAACACCAAUAUUACCUUUUACGCGGCCUAUAUUUUCUUCGAGAAAAGGCGCAUCCAAGAAGGAAAACCAAAGUCAAAGUUCCGUGAAGAGAUGGAGAAGGCUUGGGGGCCCAAGGGUUUUGAUAUCGAGAAUGGAGGCAACCGGCAGUACUUCUGCUUUGCUGGCGAGAGGCCGGUAAUCGACAAGUACGGAAAAAUCGAUUUUAUUUGA